AUGCUUGACAAGGAGCUGCAAGACUUUAUCGCUGAAGAGCUCUUAAAUGACAACUUCCAGAGCACCAAAGACAAAAAGUUGUCAUCUUCAAUUGAUAAAGAAGGAAUAGUAGAUUUCAGUAAUACAGGCCCAUCAGGACAAUCACAUGUCAUUGUUUGGAACGAUAGUCAAGGGGUAGACGUCUUAAGAGCUUCUUAUGAAAUGAAAGAUGAUUUUAAGAAGGCAAUUUCAAAAGUAUUUAAAAAUUCGGAUCACAUCAAUACCCAAUAUCGCAAAACUCUCGACUAUCAAAUAAAUGCUUCUUCUGAUGACUUGAUUGAAGCUUACCAAAUCAAUAGCCAUAUUUUUGACAUUGAAGAACAAAGGCUCUUAAGUGAAAAGGACUUUGACCACAAGAUCUAUGCCCGACUUCUGGAAUUACUCUUUUCAGACAGAAUAGAUAUAAAAAUCAGAAGUGGGGAAACCAAAAUGGAUAAUUAUAAGCUCGAUUAUCGUAUUGGCUUUUACCAUAAAAGUUUAUUCAUUGAUGUAUCCAACAUCGAAGUCGGUAAAGCUGCCACUGUAACUAAAGUAAAGGACGACCAUUUCAAGCUGAUUCUGGAAGCAAAGACCAUCUUUAAAAAUAUCAUUGGCAAUUUCAGUUUCAUAAAUCCAGUAGGAGACUAUGGAUCAGUGAGAAGUGUCACGUGGACCUUUUAUUUAUAGUGGUGCACUCUUAAUACACUGUAGCCCAGCCAUUUACAGUCCGAUCCCAGCCAUUUACAGUCCGAUCCCAGCCAUUUACAGUCCGAUCCCAGCCAUUUACAGUC